AUGGGUGUUUUGGUGAUGUUUUGGCUAUUUUUCCUUGGAAUUGUUGCACAGCAUGCUGUGCAAGGUGAUCUGAACGUGAGUGUGUACACGGUCACAUCUAAGAGCGCCGUGCUGAAAUGGAACAAAUACACCGGUUCAGCCUCGUACAGACUCACAGCGUCGCCUCGUAACUCUCCAGAUCCAUCGGUGUUCAGCAGCUUCAGCCAGAACACCAUCAUGGGCUCCAUCAACACUCUGUCCCCCAACACCGCCUACAGGUUUCAGGUGGAAGCUCUGGACAGCUCCAUGAGCGUGCUGGCUCAGACUAGUGUGGAUGGAUCCACAGCUCCUGAUAUCCCAACCAUCAUAGCAGCCUCCUCCAAACAGAGCCAGAGCAUUACAGUGGAGUUUAUGGAAGUACCAGGAGCCUCCUUCUACAUCCUGCGUGCCGAGACCAGCGAUGGCUCUAUCUACUCAGAGAUGCCUGUACCGGGAUCUCCAGGAACGCUGCCUGGCCUGCAGCCCUACACCGACUACACGCUCAGCGUCCUGUCUGUCAACGGCGGUGGCAGGAGCCAGCCUUCCUACUCGGUCCGAGCAAAGACAGUGUUACCAGCUCCACUGUUGAACAGCACAUCACUCAGUAACAGCAGCAUUUUAGUGAACUGGGCUCAGGUCCCGUCUGCCGUGCUAUACAGCAUCAGCAUCAUUCGCAACGGUUCGUACCAACAGAGCCGCCUAAACACCACCAACACCAAUGUGGCCUUCAGCAACCUGGAACCUGGGACCUACUACUGCAUCAAGGCCAAUGCCUGGAGCUCAGAAAGUGUGCCUGGGGAUGAUUACACUAUCUGUCAGAUCACCCGUUCAUCCACUCCUCAGUCCGUUCUACUAGUGACAACAAAGGUAAAUGACUUGAUGGGUCUGUCAGUGUCCUGGUCCCCGGCACAGGGAGCCAAUCAAUACGUGGUUGAGAGCUCAUCUGGGCUGAAUUGCUCGACCGGGUCGACUACCUGCACACUGAGUCCGCUGAGCUGUGGACAGAUUCACUACAUCUCCAUUACCGCCAUCAACGAGGCUGGACCCAGUCAACGAUCUGACCAACAACGCUACGUUACAUUCCCGUGCCCGCCAGAGCCGGUCCGUGUGAACGAUCUCGGUAACGGCAGCUGUUCAGUGUCGUGGAACUCGGUGUCCUACGUGGACUACUACACCACCUUCAUCAAGAGAGACGAUGGAAUUGAGGAGAUGUGUAACUCCACGGGAACCUCAUGUGACUUCAGCUGUCACUGCGGCUACUCCUACAUCAUGAGCGUUUUCGCCAACAACCAAGCUGGCGCCAGCACUCCCGGACCAGUCCUAAACCAAACAACAUUGCCCUGCUGUCCGGAGAACGUGGUGGUGUCUGACAUUUCCUGGGAGUCGCUCAUGAUAACGUGGACGGCGGUACGUGGGGCGGACAUGUACGAGACCCAGGCUGUGAACUCUCCUGACCGUGCGGUGUUGUGUAACGACACGUCACCUGUCUGUGUGCUCUCCGAUCUGGCCUGCAACACCAGGUACAGCGUCCUCGUCUCUCCCUGCAACGAACCACGUGGGUGUAACCGCUCCUGUAACCCACGGAUACAAGAAACAGUUCCUUGUAUGCCUGAGAUCACGCGUAUAAUUCAGAAGAACUCCUCGAGCGCCAACAUCACCUGGACAUCCUCAAACAGCGCUGCCAACUACACGGUCAGCGUGAUUGGAUCAGUGGGCCCUCCUCUGACCUGUCAAUCAGACGGGACAUCCUGUCAGGUAAACGGACUGUCCUGCGGUUCCUCCUACAAGUUCAGCGCCAUCGCCUCUACAGCAGCUGGAGUGAGCAUGCCCAGUUACAGCAUGCCCUUCGAAACAGCUCCGUGUUGUCCAGACAGUCUCAGCGUGACUCAGGUAACCCAGGCGAUGAGUAACGUCUCCUGGUCACCUUCUCAGGGAGCCCAGACCUUCAAGGCAUCGCUGAGUUCAUCACGGGGCGAUGCCCAAUGUCACACCACACAGACCAAGUGCAUGAUGGGCUGCAUCACCUGUGGAACGAACUACACCGUCCGGCUGGAGGCGAUCAGCUCUACGGGACAAAAAGCACAAUGCACCUACCACGGCUUUUCCACCAGUGAGUGCUGUCCGUCUGGGAUUCGCCUCUACAGGCGCUUUAAUAACACCCUGCGGGUGUGGUGGAGGUCGUCCGCCUCCCUCAGUAACUUCACUGCUCAGGUGACGGGUGGAAGCAGGAACCACUCCUGCAGCCCCGCCCCGGGACAGAGCAUGUGUGAUGUGUCGGAGGUCACGUGCGGCGACGUGUACUCGGUCGUGGUCGCACCCAUCAACCCGGACGGGACGGUGGUCCAGUUCUGUUCUAGCAGGAUUUACUCUGUGUAUUGCUCGGGCAGUGAUGUUGGGAUGGUACUCUAUCGAGGCAAGAGAAGUGUGGAUUAGCAAAUGAUAUACAGGAAACGACACAAGUGAGCACCAAUGCACUCUGUAUGUAACAUCCUUGUCCCCCAAAAACCUCCACUUUUAAACCAAGCACAGAAAACAACACAGAACACCCAACCCUCCUGACGUAUUCUAACAUUGAUUAUGAUGUGUGAAUAAGUAACUUAAUAAUGAACCAACUUUUAAAUGAAUUUAAAAUCAUUUCAAGCCAUUAAAUCUCUGCACUCAGUGUUUCGUUGUAUACAAUCACUACAGUGAAAGUCAAUGCAUAAAUUUUUUUAAAUGGCAUGACUCCUAAAUGCCUCUGAAGUCAAAAAUAAUUGUUAUAAACCAGGACGUAAAAUAUUCAGGUUUUCCAAAUGAUCUCAGGAAAAACAGCCAAAUAUUUUUACCUAAAGAGAGGAAAGUUAUUUUCUUCAUAAAGUAGAUUUGCAUCAUGUAAAAAGGUCCACUUAUAAAAUGAUAUGUUUUAUCCUUAUGUUUUAAAUCACUAUCAGUUUAAAUCUGAUGUAGACUCUUCAUACGUUUGACACCAUCACCAUUGUUUUACUGAAUGCUUUGAAUUGUUUAACUUGCUUUGAAUGUGAUACAACAAUUCUGGAUGUAUCUAUAGAUAAUAAA